GAUGGUACAGAGUCAUGUGAUGUUGUUAGCCGGGGUUGAAUCUGAGUGCUUCUCCUGCUUCUGAUGUGAAUGCUAAGGCUAAGUGCUCUCUCUUAAGAAGAAAAAAAGAACAGGAUUAGUCUCUUUUGGCUGCUGGAGAAAUUAUUGGAGGACCCAAAAUGUCUUACGGAUCCAUCGAUGCGGGCUCUUUUGGAAGCAGAAAUCCAUUUGGUGGGCCUACAAGGCAGGGAUACCAGCCAGUAGCUACACAAGUCAGUCCCUCAGAGCUGCAGGACGUGUUCCAGGAAACCUCCUCGAACAUCUUUCAGAUCAAUGCUAACGUGGUCACACUAGAGAAGAACCUGCAAUCGCUGGGAACAUCCAGAGACACAGCAGAGCUACGCCAGAGUUUGCAUUCCACACAGCAGCAGACCAAUAAAGUCAUAACAAGCACAAGCCAACUUGUUAAACAACUCACUGACAUCAUCAGCGGAUCCUCACGGCAAGACAGGCUCCGUCUGACGAGACUCAAAACAGAGCUGUCAGAUUCUGUCCAGCGAUAUGGAGAACUGCAGAAGAAAAUUGCUGAUCGUUCGAGGGCCCUGCUUCCUCCUGCACAAAAGGACAGAAAACAGAGCGUCCAGACUCCAUUCAGUGAGUUGGUUGAAGAGGGGCCGCUAUUCGGAGCAGGUGAGAGCACUGAGGGAGAUGUACAAGCGUUCCUGUCAGAGAUCAGUGAAGAAGAUGUGGAGAUCCUGAGACAGAGAGAAGAGGCUCUUCUGCAGAUUGAGAGAGACAUGCUGGACGUUAAUCAGAUUAUGAAGGACUUGGCCAGCAUGGUGCAUGAACAAGGAGACACCAUAGACAGCAUUGAAGACUACAUUCAGACCACUUCAUCGCACGUGGAAACAGCAAAUCAAGAGCUCGCAAAAGCCAGCCAUUAUCAGAGGCAGCUGAGGAGGAGGAAGUGUUUUCUGCUGAUCGGGGGACUGCUGUUGCUUACUCUGCUGAUCAUCAUCAUCGCAGUCUCUGCCAGAAAAUGAGAACAGGACCACAGAGUUUCUCUUCUCAUUUUCCGGCAAAGCAAGAGUCUCUACAUCAAGUCCACCUUCGCUCACUUCUACUCUUCUUUUUUUCUGUCUAAAUCUCUCUCAGAUUGAGUGCUUUUUCUGUGUAUGCAUGUAUGGGUGUGUGGGGUGUGUGUGUGUGUGUGUGUGUGUGUGCGUGUGUGUGUGCGUGUGCGUGUGUGUGUGUGUGUGUGUGUGUGUAUGUGUGUUAAUGUUCAUUAAAGAGUCUAUUUUUAAUCAGUGCUUUGUACUGUAAUGUGCAAUUAAUUGCUCUUUACCUCUUCAAAGUGGAUUCCAAUCAAAGAACAAAAUCCAAAUAGACUAAAUGUUUCUGUGGGCUUUUAUGCCAAUGUUAGGAUCUGUUUUCCAUAAUUUAUUGCUGAUUCUUGAGUGCUUUUACUUGCCUAUAAUUCAUUUCGCAUUAAUACCAUGUGAUAUAGAAAAAAUGAUGUGUACUAUGUUUAAAUCAUUAACAAAUCUUCAGUAAAUUAAUGACGCAACUAGAUGUGUCAAAUUGAUUUUAAUGCUAUUUAUUGUAUAAUAGUUUUUAUUUAAUUUUGUAUUUAUAAUUUGUUUUUUUUUACUUUUAAUUUGAAUCAUUUAAAAUGAAUAAAAUAAAAAAAUAUAAGCAUUUACUUCAUAGUUUAUGUGGCAGAAAAAUCAUCUUAAGUUGUGACAAAAAUAAAAGCACAAUACAUAAAAAGUGUGUUUGUCUCAAAGGUAUAGUUCCCCUAAAAGUUUGCUGUUAAUUUAUUUAUAUAUUUAUUAUAUAAAAAGAUAAGAGGAAAAGCAAACAAAUAAAAACUC